AGGACUACAACUCCCAGGAGGCUGUGCUCUGACAGCUCUCGGAUUUAAAUAGGAUUCUGGGUUCUGCUUAGAGCCAAGCUGUUGCUGAGCGCCUAGGCGUGAGAGGAGCAAGAAGCAGCCAAAGCAGCCAAGAGUUGGAGCCAGAUCCUGAGCCCAAGCCAGAUUCUGAGCCCGAGCCAGAGUUGCGGUUGAAGCUGGAGCAGCAGCAACUAAAGACAUCAAAAAGAUGCUGGUUAUCUUGGGACUUCUCACCUCCUUCUUUUCGCUCUUGUAUGUGACAGCUCCAUCCAUCAGGAAGUUUUUUGCUGGUGGAGUAUGUAAAACAAACAUGCAGCUUCCGGGAAAGGUAGUGGUGAUCACAGGUGCCAACACAGGCAUCGGCAAGGAGACGGCCCGAGAGCUGGCUCGCAGAGGAGCACGAGUAUACAUUGCCUGCCGAGAUGUACUGAAAGGGGAGUCUGCUGCCAGCGAUAUCCGGGCAGAUACAAAGAACUCCCAGGUGCUGGUGCGGAAACUGGACCUAUCUGACACCAAAUCCAUCCGAGCCUUUGCUGAGGGCUUUCUGGCAGAAGAAAAACAACUCCAUAUUCUGAUUAAUAAUGCAGGAGUGAUGUUGUGUCCAUAUUCCAAGACAGCAGAUGGCUUUGAAACUCACCUGGGGGUCAACCAUUUGGGCCACUUUCUUCUCACCCAUCUGCUCCUCGAGCGGCUGAAGGAGUCUGCUCCUGCACGGGUGGUGAACCUGUCAUCAGUGGUCCAUCAUAUUGGCAAGAUUCGCUUCCAUGACCUACAAGGCGAGAAGCGCUACUGCAGUGGUCUUGCCUACUGUCACAGCAAGCUGGCCAAUGUGCUUUUUACUCGAGAGCUGGCCAAAAGGCUCCAAGGCACAGGAGUCACCACCUAUGCAGUUCACCCAGGCAUCGUCAGCUCAGAGCUGGUUCGGCACUCAUUCCUGCUGUGUCUGUUCUGGAGGCUCUUUUCCCCAUUUGUCAAGACCACAAGGGAAGGGGCCCAGACCAGUCUGCACUGUGCCCUGGCUGAGGGCCUGGAGCCCCUGAGUGGCAAGUAUUUCAGUGACUGUAAGAGGACUUGGGUAUCUUCAAGGGCCCGAAAUAACAAAACAGCUGAGCGCCUGUGGAAGGUCAGCUGUGAGCUUCUAGGAAUCCAGUGGGAGUAGCUAGCUGGUUGAAAAGCCAUGGCUUUAUCAGGCCAAAUCCAUGCCAUACUGAAAGGGGACCAACAAGAAGGCCAACUUGAAAGGAUUAUCCUCUUGACUGGCUGCUGCUGCUGCAAAUGCUGCCUACUCUGAUCCUCCUGACCUUUCUGGAAACCUUGAUACACCCUCAUGUGAUGCUGGCUCAUGGCACAAGAUGUUCAUACCUAGAGACCAUUCUUGAAGACAUGGAGAAUCAGCAAUCCUAUGGGACAAAAGAACUGAGCAAAUCCCAGGUUGGGAAUGGGGGUGACAGAAGAGCCUGGGAAGUUGGGUCAAUUUUCUCACCAACACCAGAAACACCAGAGUGCAUGCUUAAGCUGAGGCGACAGGAGCAGUAGCAUUACCUAUUUCCAGGGGGCUUUAGGCUCAAACUCUUAAUUGACCACUUUCCUCUUUGGAAUGCUAGUCCCAACUGGAGUGCGAUCAACUCAAGAAGAUCAUGGCUAACCUUGGCCAAAUUUGAUUUCUUCUUUGGAGCAUCGUGGAGCCUGAAGUGAAGCUGGGCCUUUCCAUUUUCCACUGUGCAGAUGGUUUCUUAUUAUAGAGUUCCC